AUGAAAUCAAUUAAAUCACCUGAAUUUUCCACAAAUUAUCCAACACCUGAUUCAUCCAUUCAAUACCUGUUUGAUGAACAAAUCGAUGUUGAUUUAUCGUGUCCAAAAUGUACAAAUCCUCGUACAAGUGAUCGUUGGUGCAAUCAUUGUGAAAGUAAAUGGGACUUACAAGCAAGAACUCCGGUUGCGUUGAAAAGCUUAUAUAAUUCAAAAGAUUGGACAGAGGACUUUCUAAAUGAGUUACAAGCGCAUUAUAAAUUCAGAAACGGCAGAGUACUUCACUGUUAUGGCGUAACUCAGGACAAGGUGUCGAGUAAUUACAUGUUGGUUAUGGAAUUUGCGAAUGGAGGAGACCUCCGCCAUUAUCUGAACAGAAAUAAUUCCCUAUUAUCUUGGGGACAAAAAUUGCUCAUUCUUAAAGAAAUUGCCUUGGAUCGUGAUUUGGCUGCUGAACAUCUAUCGACCGGAAAUAUCGAUAGUGGUUUCAGUCAAACUUCACAUCCCGAAGCCAUAUUUGCAAGUAGAUUAUUGAAUUUUUCGAAUUUACCGGAUUCAGGUGAUGUUCUUGAUAUUUCGGAAUAUUCCAUUUAUUUUUGUGAUGGUGAACAAGUUGAAGAUGAAGCAAACAAAGAAAAUGAUUAUAUUACGAGAGCAUAUGAUGAUUCUCUGUCAAAUCAUUUAUAA